AUAAAUGAUUAGGCUUUAAUUAUCGAUUGUCCAUAAUUGGGGUUCCGCAUAAACAAAUUGCCCGAUAGAUACUACCUUUUCGACGGUCAUUCUUGGAUCCUCGUUCCUAUCUCGUCCUCCUCCGUUGCUGCGGUAGCCCUAAUUCUGCUGCGGGUUUGUAAUUGAUCUCAAAUCGCAAUCCACGGACUUUGCUUUCCCCCGUGCUAUCCGACCGUUUUCGAGCACUCAAGCGUUGAUCUGGGGCUUAUUGGCUGAAGUUUCUCUUCCUGAGUGUGAAGUAUCGGUGCAUGGACGGGUCUUUCAUUUGAUGUAUCUCUUGGGGUCCAUUUGUUCGAUGUCUCUGAUUUCUGAUACCGCCAAGUUAUUUACCAUUUCGUUCUCCCUUUUCAUGUUUUGCGUUCGUUCCGUGGAAUUUUAGGUCACAUUUGUUUUCUGUGACAGCUAUUGUUUGGUAUUCAUCAUUGCUGCUAUCAUAUAAGUUUAAGUCGAGAAUGGUGAUGGACGUGGAAGUAGUAAAAGACAUUGCUUCUUUUGAUCCGGAACUGCUGCAGCUUCCGGAGGUCUCUCCUCCAGUUCUGAAAGAAAAUCCACAGAUUGCUGAUCAUCUAUACACACAUUGGCUUACGCUUCCAGAAACAAUAAAAUUGGUAAAAUCAUUUGUUGAUGAUGCAAAGGCAGGCUUGCCUUUCAGUAUUUCUGGUUUUAGUAAUAAUGCAAGUAAUUCUAGUGCAAGCACUUCAUUGCCUUCUAUGUUUCCUGCGGGCGGUACACCUCCACUCUCUCCAAGGAGCAUGUCUGGAUCUCCACGUGCUGCAAGACGUGGUUUUGGAGUUGGCCCUUCAAAUUUGGGUUCUUCGCUAAAGGUAGCCAGUGAGCAGGUCAAGGAAGUUAUCCCUCAGUUCUAUUUCCUGAAUGGACGUCCACCACCAAAUGAUUUAAAACAUCAAUGCUUAACUACAAUUAAUCACCUCUUUUAUGGUCAUGAGAAUGGGCUUCGCAUUCAAGAAUUCAAAUCUGUUACCAAGGAAAUCUGCAAGCUGCCAUCAUUCUUUUCCAGUGUACUCUUCAAAAAAAUUGAUGUUGACUAUGCUGGGGUUGUUACGAGGUAUUUUAGUUGA